AUGAAAGAUGCCAAGCGAUUCUUCGGCUCGAGGUCAAUGAAAUUAAAGUCGGAAGAAGUUACGAAAGCGAAAAACGAAGAAGAGGAAGCCAUCAGAGAAGCCGCUCUUGCUAGGAGUAAACAAAACCUCAUUGAACCACCAACGAUAUCUCAACUAAAAGUAUUACCUAAGGAUGAUAAGCCUCAAAAGUCCAAACAAGCAGCUAUAUUGUCUUCUGCUAUUAAACGGAAGUCAGCGAAUGACAAUGGUGAAAAUUCUGCUGAAAAAGUUAAACGUACCGAAGAUGUUGCGAACAGCACUCAACCACCUCAACCUGCAAUGUCAGCAAUGAGGGUUGUCGGGUCUAUACCGGGUAUUGGCAGUUACGACGCUUCCAGGUAA